UUGCCGUUUUGCCGUCUGCCAGUAGAAAGUUUCCAACACUCCAUCGAGAUUGCAUUGUUACUUCUAAUCAAAGCAGGCGCGAGCGCCUUCCAGUUUCCUUCUUUAUUUGCUCGUUUGUUCGUCGUUCCGUCCGCUCUGUUUGAUCGAGGGAGACCCCCAACAAUGCCGAAGAAAGCCAAAAGUCCGAAAGUUUCGCCGCAAGAAUUGCUCGAGGCCCUGCGGCAGGCGGAGGAGGAACGCUAUGCGGAGGAGCAGGACCGGCUGCACGGGAAGGUGGCCCUCGAGCUGAAGGAAUACAACCAGCGCCGCAUGCUGCUCGUCGAGACGGUCAAGUUCUUUCGCCGGCUCGAAAAGGCAGCGCUCGACCACGAACGACAGCAGGCGGAGCGGAAAGAGUGGACCGAUUUCCUGGCCUGCCGGGCCGCACCCGACCCGGCCAGCCCGCCGCUGCUGCGCGAGUCGCUGUACCGGUGGCGCUUUCAGCAGGAAGCGCUCGAAAAGAGUUCGGUCAGCUGGACGCUGGCAGCGGACGAACGGAGCCCAUUGACGCAAGACCCGAGCCGGAAGCGAACGACGAGAAAAGAUCUGAGGGAAGUCUUCCGGAACAUAGGCGGCCUUUACUUGCCCACCGUCCGGGAGGCGCUGGCCGUGCUGGCAUCGAUCCAGGACAGUGUGCAAGGCAAGGGCUCGCGGCAAGAAACGAUGCCCGCCGAGGUCGCGCUCGUCCGGGACGAGAUCCGGAAGUUCAUUAGCGAUUCGCUGGACAGGAUGACCUUUCGCAUUGGCAGUAACAUCGCCCGGGAUAUGGAGACUUUGGAUCCUGUGAUGAGUGAUUUCCACUUCCAGGAGGACGAUGUGCUGUCGAUGUAUCUGUGGAGCUUUCGUCCGGUUCCACUUGCGCCCGAUUAUAAUCAGCUUAUGAAAGUUAUCGACAUGGUCCCGCUGAGCUUGGUGCUGCAUCGACCCCCGGCACUGGAUCUGAAGGACUGCCUAAUCCGUGGAAUGUGGCUGGAGUUCGAUCACCACAGCAAUAUGGACCCAACGCACACCAUCCCAGCGCUGGAACCGACGGUGGAGCUGAUCCCUGCCCAGGAAGCGGAGUGGAACGAACGGCAGGAAGUGAAGCGGAAGCGGCUGACAGCGCUGCGGAAGCUACGGGAAGAUUACGAUGCCGAGCAGUGUCGUAAACAGGCCGAGGCGGAAGCGCUCGAAGCUCAAAAAGGGGGCAAGGACACGAAGAAGCCUGCCGCCGCCGCCCCGAAAGCCGGUGGUAAAAAGGGCAAGUCACCAAAGCAGCCACCGGUCCCGGAGCCGGAGCCAGCGGUGAUUACGGACGAGACCGAGGUUGACAUUGACGCCGAGUUUGAGCGGCAGGAAGCGGAUCGGUUUUGGGACACUUUAGCGAGCGUUUCGCCGAAAGCGCGACCCCUCCGGCCGGGUUACAUCAACCUGCGCGAGUAUGCCAUCGUCGGUGGCGUGUUCAAGCUGGCCCGGUUCGACAGGCUGCCCCAGCCGAUGGAGCCGAGGCCCGAUUUCAUCUACACCAACGUUCCGGAUGGUUUGCAGCUGACGGAAAAGGGCUACCGUGCGCUGGAGCCCGAAGAGUUGAUUAAAAUUGAGCUCCAACUGCCGGCCCACUGUCACUGGUGGGAGGAGCCGACCGUCUGCUGGUGGGAGCGGUGGGAGGAAGGCGAACAGUUUACCCAGCUCACCCCGGAAGUACAACAGUUUCACCUGCAGUAUGACGAAAUCGAGGCCCACAAGGCGACGCUCCUGUUUGCCGCCCCGGAGCAUCGGCUGUCCCGCGCCCUGGUCGGCGAACCGAAGCUCGUGCGAGACUUUAGCCUGAUGGACAUACCGGUGGAGGUGCGGCUGCACUAUCUCAUCCGCGACCACCUGCUGCCGCGCGUACCGGAAGGAUAUCGAUUCCGGGCGGAGCUGAACCGGCUGUACGCCCUGCUGACGGAGCGGACCGCCCGGCGGAAGGCACGCGAACGGGAGCAGAUGGCACGCGACGGGCUGGUGCGCAAGUACGAGCAAUUUCUCACCGACGGUCAAGACGCGGGGCUGUCGGAAAUGCGCCUUCCGAUCGAUUCCGAUAUCGACAGCGGCGACGGCACGGAUGGCACGGAUGGCACGGAGGAACAGGAUGGCACGGACGCGUUGGUGGCGCAGGAAAUGGAUGAAAAAUUGCAACAAUUUUCAUUGGCAGCAGCGGAUGAGGCUGCCCACUAUCUGCAUCCACCCGUGCCGCUCUGCCAGCCGCUUGUGGUGGGCGACAGGUACGACGGUUCGGAGGCCGCCAUCACCGCCGAGCUGAUGCAGGAAAUGGAGGCACUCGUGCGGCGAAUGGAAUCGACGGAUGCAAUGCUGGACAAUGAUUCGAACGAGCGGCUGUGCAAACUGUUCUCCACCUUUCUGCUGCUGCUCGAGUAUCUGCGCGAGAAGGAAAAGCCCAACUUUCCGCCCGUGCCGGUCCCGGGCGAGGAGGCGGAACCGGCGGGCGAUGUUUCCGCGAUGGUUCAGCCCAAGCCCCGGCGACGGUGGCUGGAGAUUCGUACGACAAAAAAGUACCCGCUCGGGCUGGGCGCCGGCCGAACGCGCACACUGUCCGGGGUGAGCGAGGCGUCGCUGGGGCAGGAUGAGAAGAAGAAGCGCAAACGGAGAAAGUCCGCCGGCAGUGUCACGGCCCAGCGGGACAGCACGGCACUGUCGGACGCCCAGCAGGAGCAGGAAGAGCAGGAGGCUAUGGCGCUGAUCGAGCACGAGCCGGGUCGAUGGUCAACGAUGCCAAUCCGCAACCAAUCGUACGAUCCGGAGCGACGGCUGCUAACCUUCACCACGGACCGGCUGGGCGUGUACGGGCUGGCCGCGCGCAAGUACUGCAACAUUCCAUUUGUCCACUGGGACAUGCGACGCCACGGCAGGAUCGCCAACCUUACGACGGCCCUCACGCUCACCGCCAAGUCGCUGCAAAUCGUGUUCUACGUCACGGCGCAAGGCUACCGGCUGGCGCUGCAGGAGCACGCGAAGAAGCAGACGAAAAAGUUGUUCCUCGAGGAAGCACCGGCACCGGAAGUGUUGCCACCCGGCGACGGGACAUUCACGCUGGACGACCUGGAGAAGUUUCUGCAGCGCAUGAAUGUGCACCUGUUCCCACAAGUGGACACUUGUUUCUACGUUCCCGGCGUGGAGCGGGCGGCGAGCCCGAAGCAUCCGUCGAUGGAAUCGCACAAUCUGCGCUGUCUCGGUGUCUUCUGUCUGACGCACAACUUUCAGUCCUGCCUGUGGAACCGGUACGCCCAUCGACGGACCGCACUCGUGCUGGGCCGCGAGCUCAUCGAGGGACGGAACGAGCCCGAAUUCGGCACCGUCAUGAUAACGCCACUUAAGUCACAGUUCGUCGAGGUGGAGGAGCUGUGCUCGGACGCGCUCGAGCAGAUCCUGCUCGCGUACCAUCCCCGUCCCGAGGAGCAAAGCUACAAUGCCGAUUGCUACGGUCUGCUGAAGGACAGCUUGGAGGAACCGUCCCGCAAGGUGCUGGCAAAAACGCCCGCCCUGCUACAGUGGAACGUCGGCCAGUUGCUGCAGAAGCUCCAGCUGCUCAGCUACUCGUGAGCACACACUCCGAAUUGUAGUGAUUGUAGUGGACUGCCCCCCUCCCCUCCGACAACCAAACCCGGUCAUCAUCGUGCUCCGAACGGAAUGGUCUAUCAUUAAUGUAUUACAAAAUCACGCCAAUUGCAGUUAGCUUUGCUCUGGCGGCUGAGUUUCUUCGACAUUGCUCACGCCAUUUCGUGCAGCCGCCAAUUGUGAAUCGCCCGAAGGAAAUGGGUUGCUGUAAGCCAAAAAGAAAAAAGAAGAAAACACCCCGGGUGAGUGGACCGUAGGCUUUUGCGCUUCCAUUCAUUCGAAACCCCCGCCCCCAGCGAAAGCAUUAAUCAUCGUCAUGCUCGGCUGUCCGACUCGUUUUCAAUCCAAUUACCAUUGGCUCCGGCACACAGUCAUCAUCAUCAUCCCCCAUGCACACCUUCCUUUUUUGGUUCGACAAUGUUCAAGUUGCUUUGUUUAUCGCCGGGCUUGGGUCGAAUUGAGCAUUGCCAUUAGCGGAAGCGUGCAGUGUGGGCAAGGGAAGAAAAGGACGAAGCUUUCAAGAAUGGGCAGCCCUACACAAAAGUCUAAAUUAUCCGUUCCGUUAAAGCGUCUGAUGUAUUUUCGAUGUACUUGCAAGCAGUCAGCAGUGUCAUUGUAGCGCGGGGGGAAAAUAGGAGGAAAAAGGGUAAGGAGGUAGGGAUUAUGGCUGGGUUUCCUAGUCGUCAGGACAAUGACGGAUGCACUUUGUAUAGCAUGGGCCUAAAUGUGGGCCCAUUACUCCCGUUCGGACGGAGUGAUUGAUACUUGCUGAUGGGUCGAUGAAUGAUUUAACGUUAUAAUGGAGUGUAAACUCUCGUAUCCAUCA